AUGAUCAGCCACUACAUCCUCCUGCUCGCUUCUGUAUCUCUGGUCCUGGGCCACGGAAGAGUGACGCAGCCUCCCUCGAGGGCAUCAGCCUGGAGGCUCGGGUUCCCCACACCAGCGAACUAUGAUGAUGACGGCUUAAACUGUGGCGGCUUUUCGUCUCAGUGGUCGAGUAAUGGUGGCAAAUGCGGAAUCUGCGGCGACUCCUACAGCAUCCCACCCCCACGCCCGCACGAGCUUGGCGGCACCUACGGUCUCGGCCUCAUCGUCGCCAAAUACCUCCCCGGGGCAACCAUAGCCACCACCACCCACCUCACCGCCUCUCAUAUGGGCUACUGGGAGUUCAAACUCUGCCCUGACCCGACUGACAACUCCCAAGCGUGCUUCGACAACCAUCUACUCGUAUCAGAAGAGGGGGAGACUAAAUACACUCCAAACCGAGGCAGUGGUAUCUACGAAGUCAACUAUAAACUGCCGUCUGGAUUGAUAUGCGAGCAUUGUGUGCUCCAAUGGAGAUAUGUGGCUGGAAAUAACUGGGGUAUCUGCAGUAAUGGAACUUCAGGGUUAGGCUGCGGGAAUCAGGAGGAGUUCCGUGCAUGCUCCGAUAUUGCUAUAGGCGUGUCGAAGACACUCAGCAACGAAAACAUCCCGUCGCCGCUUUUCUACUAUUUGCAGCACGGAUUCUAUGAGUUGGACCAAGGUCACCUGACACGCAAAGACCCGAAGCGUCCAUCGCCACCGCAACGUCCCACUAACACGAAGCCCUCGCAUCGACAACCAAAACCAUCGAAAGAAGUGUCUCAGAAGCAACCACAACCUAACAGACCAUUACAAAACUCGAUCGAGCAACCUCAACACUCAAACAGACAGCCUUCAAAUCACCCUCAACACUCAAAUGCACAACAAAAAAUAGCAAUGCCUAUUCCCAACAUUCAAAUCAACAAUCUGUUCAACCGUCUAACUUGCAAAGUCCGACCCAAUCGCAUCACCUGCAAUAUUCAAAUCAUCAUCCCGGAAAUCAACAGAUUUCCUCACAAAAACGAACUCAAACGCAGCACCCUCAAUCACAUCGACAUCCCUCUAAUGGACAACCUCAACCCUCAAAUCGACAACCCCAACCCGGACCUCAACACUCCAAAAACCAUUUAUCUCGACCUCAAAAAUCGAAGCCCUCAAAACAGUCUCAGCCGAGACAAAGGAGCCACGCAGCCGGAUCUUCAUCAGAAGCCAAAAAAACCAAAGAGACCUGUAAAAGUAUUCGAGCAACACACCUACGAGUACUUUUAA